AUGGCGGCUCAACCACGCGAAGAAGCCCGUGCCACUGAGCCAUGCCAUGUGGAGAAUGGCCCAGGUAAGAAGAAGGAGUUGGGAGUGAACCCCAAGGUUAUGAUGGAAAGAUUAGGAACGUUUUGGGAUCCUGAUGAUCAAAGGGAAAGUCUUGAGUUAGAUGAGAUGGUGAAUCUGUUCGUUGGUGAUGAGCCAAGCUUUGAUGAAGUAAAAGAGGCGUUUGGCGUGUAUGAUAAGAACAACGAUGGGUACAUAGAUGCAAAAGAGCUUCAGAAUGUACUUUCUAAUAUGGGGUUUUUACACAUAUCUGAAAGUGACUGUGAACGGAUGAUCACUGGAUAUGAUGUUGACAAAGAUGGUAAGAUUGGCUUUCGGGAAUUUUUGAAAGUCGUGGAAGAUGGCUUUUGUUAG